AUGGGUAGUCUCUGGGAGUCUCCCACUCUGGGCGAUCCCUUCAACCUCACCCACCCCGACAACCACCUGGACCACGCCAACAACCAUGGCAUCACUCACGGUGACGGUUUCUACACCGACUUGUUGACUUUUGCCUUUAGGGGCCCAGUCCACUAUGACCGGCAACAGCCAAUAUUCAUCGACGCUGAGGACGCUACGCGAUUCUUCAACGCGUUGCAGUUCGAGACUCUGGUUCGAGCGCUGAUUGCUGGCCUGAAAGCCCACAAUGUACAGCCCGGCGAUUGUGUUUUGGUCCACCUGGGAAAUAGUAUCAUAUACCCCGCGCUGUUCUUCAGCAUCAUCGGGGCUGGCGGUGUGUUCAUGGGCUCCAACGCGCGCAGCCAACCACAAGAGCUGGAGCACAUUCUGCAACUGGCAGAGCCAAAACUGAUCAUCACUUCGUCCGAUGCACUGCCUACGGUGCUGAGCGUGUCAGCCGACCGUGGAAUGCAUCCCAGCCAGGUGUGUCUGGUGGAUGAAGCUGCAGGGGAUUACAUCUCCCAAUACUUCCUCGCCGGACCAUUGGCUUAUGCGACUGCCGGCGCCUCCUAUCUACUACCGAGCAGUGGGGGCGGCUCUGUUGUGAACUUCGCCCACCUUCUAGCGUAUGGCGAAAGUGAUUGGGUGGCCUUUGAUGACGAGAGGAUCGCCAAAUCGACGCCGGCCGCCAUGUUCUCCACCAGCGGCACCGGAGGCCUGCCUAAGGCAGCAUACCUCACCCACCAUGCCAUGAUUUCUCACCACCUCACCAUCCAAUACGAUGUGCCUUAUGAGGUAACUCGCCUGAUGUCGCUGCCCAUGUUCCACAUGUUUGGCGCGCUGUGGACCCACUUAUUUCCCAUUCGCUAUGGCGAGCCCUUGUUGGUGCUGUCGCGUUUUGAAAUGAACCUGUUCAUUCGGACGGUGCGCGAUUUUGGUAUCACCGAGACCUACAUGGUCCCCGCUAUGAUUCACAAGUUCAAUCGGUCAGCCUCGUCGGCCACGAGCUCUUUGUCCUCUCUCCGAUAUGUCGGGGUUGCCGGCGCUCCCAUUGAUGCCGCCGCCAUGCAGCGCUUCCGGGAACUGCUUCACAGUGACGCCCGUGCCUCCCAGUUGUGGGGGAUGACCGAAGUGGGGGUGGUGUUCCAGAAUCGCUACGGGCCUCAGCAGGCCCCGGCCGGCAGCAUUGGUCGAUUGCUGGAGGGCUACGAGGUGCGGCUGGUCGGACAGGACCACCAGCUGGUGCUCGAGGACAACCAGCCUGGCGAGCUCUGGGUGCGCGGGCCCGGGGUCCUCAGUGGGUACAAGGGCCGGUCAGACGCCAAAGACGCCCGAGGGUGGUUCCGCACCGGCGACGUUGCGUACGUGAGCGCCGGGCAGUUCUACAUCUACGGGCGCACCAAGGAAUUGAUUAAAGUGCGAGGAUGGCAGGUGGCCCCGGCGGAGGUGGAGGCAGCGCUACUCAAGCACCCGGAAAUCGAGGACGCCGCCGUGAUUGGGGUUACAUCGCGGGACGGCAGCACGGAGCUGCCCCGAGCGUUCGUGGUGCGAGCCAAGAGCCUGACGGGCAGCCGGCUGACCGCGGACGAUGUGUACAACUUUGCACGACACCAAUUGGCCAGCUAUAAGGCGCUGGAUGGGGGCGUGAUUUUCGUGGAGGAGAUCCCACGGACCGCGAGUGGGAAAAUCCAGCGGUUCAAGCUAUCUCAGAUGAACACCUAUCGGGAGAUAGUGAGUAACUUGCUGGCACGGUUCAAGGGUGCUAGUAUGCAGACGGUCGGGAUAAUGCAUCCAGGGCGCAUUACGGUGUAAAGAGGGGUUGCUUUUUUCACUUCUCUUCUUGGUUUUCUGUUUUCUUUUUCUUCUUUCGACUUUUCUUCUUUUUUUUGCGACAUUUUUCUUCUUCCGUUGAUAUUCCGCUCUGGGAAUGCCGUACAUAUUCGGGGGCGUUAGUGAUUACGGACUAGGCUUUAGGCGUUAAGAGCAGGGUGGUCGGUGGGGGAGUGACAAGGGGGAUGGAACCAGAAAAAGACGACUGGAUUCGUCCAUACAACUACACAUACAUACAUACAUCUGGAAGCACAUAGCAAAGGUGCACAGAUACAU